GGGUUAUUUUGUGAAAUUUUCCGUAAAUCUCUUCUCCGUCGUUUGAAGUACAAUCGAGUUGGAAGUGUAUUUGUAACAGGGGACGAGGCUGACGGAAAACUAGUUUUCGCGUGGAAUUUUCUUCAUCGACGAAUGGCGAACUCCUUGCAGCGAAUCUGGAGUCACGGAUGUGCUCUCCGUGGUACUGUGGCUCCUCUCUGCAGGUCAUUCUCCACUGAUUCAUUGGUUCAAGUCAAGCCUGGCGAGAUCGGUAUGGUCUCCGGAAUUCCAGAGGAACACCUAACCAGAAGGGUUAUAAUUUACUCUCCUGCUAGAACUGCAUCCCAACAAGGAUCAGGCAAGGUUGGCAAGUGGAAAAUCAAUUUUAUGUCAACACAAAAGUGGGAAAAUCCAUUGAUGGGGUGGACUUCUACUGGGGACCCCUAUGCCAAUGUAGGGGAUUCUGCACUGUCUUUUGAUAGUGAAGAAGCUGCAAAGGCAUUUGCUGAGAAACAUGGAUGGGAAUAUGUGGUUCAGAAGCGCCACACACCACUUUUGAAGGUGAAGGCAUAUGCGGAUAAUUUCAAAUGGAAGGGCCCUCCUGAAGCCAAGGAGGCCUAAACCUUGUUCGACACUCUUUUUUCUCAUCUAAUUGGAGGCGGAACAGACUGGGGGGUUUAUGUAGUCCAUUUUGUUGCUUAUUUUUGAGGAAGUUGGUUAUAAUAAGUGAGAACCGUGGUUUAUACUCGCUUGACCUUCUAACUUUUGUUCUCUCUUUACGUUACCGUUACAGAACAUUGAAUGAAGUUCGUAUGCAUUUGAAUCACCCAUCUCGAGUAACGAACGAGCAUAGGAGUUGAUAAGUUGAUUGUUUUGUGCAAUGAAAGGAGAAUCUUUAGUAA